CUCUCUCUCUCUCUCUCUCUUUUAUUCUUCUUUCUGCCAUGAUGAUUUUCAUCAGCAGAUUCUUUUGAGCUUGUAUAGAAAAGAUAGAUAGGUCAACAGUACAAACACUGUCUAUCUUAACAAGUUUGUUUCGGCUAGGACUGUGACAUGUCUGAUUUUAAGUUAGAAGUAGUUAUUCCCAAUGAUUAUGAGGAACCAGAACCCAAUGAGGUAAACAAAAUUCUGAAUGACAGUGGUAAGCAAGGAAGCAAUUUAAUUGGCAAUUUUGCAACAAAUGCGGAACGUAGAGCUAUAGCUGACAGAUUCUUUAGAGGCAAUCAGGUAUCACAUAGUGACAGUGUCAGAGCUCCAUUCGAGGGAGAUGAAAAGCGCGAACAUGGAUCAGGACGAAAAUCUGGACCUCUUUUGUCUGGAAUGGCUUAUUGCUUUUCUUCAUGCAGCAUGAUUUUGUUGAACAAAGUUGUUUUGUCAAUUUACAAUUUCAAUGCAGGAAUAUCACUUAUGUUAUAUCAAAAUUUGAUCUGCUGCCUGGUUGUUGCUGUAUUGGGUUUUUGUGGAGCAGUGUCAGUGGAAAAACUUAAUUGGAAACUAGUAAGGGUCUGGCUUCCUGUCAAUGCAAUCUUUGUUGGCAUGCUUGUAUCAGGCAUGUAUAGUUUGAAAUACAUAAAUAUUGCAAUGGUGACAAUUCUGAAGAAUGUGACAAAUAUUUUGACAGCAAUUGGGGAGUUGUAUAUUUUCCGGAAACAUCAGAAUCAGAAAGUGUGGACUGCCAUGUUUUUGAUGAUGAUCUCUGCUAUUAGUGGCGGUAUCACAGAUCUCUCAUUUGAUGCAAUGGGUUACUUAUGGCAAAUAAUGAAUUGCGUUUUAACAGCCAGUUACUCGCUAACACUGCGGCGGGUAAUGGAUAAAGCAAAGCAGUCAACAAGAAGUGGAUCUCUUAAUGAAAUCUCGAUGGUGUUGCUAAACAACUUGUUAUCUCUGCCUUUUGGCAUCUUCUUGAUUCUGCUGUUUGAUGAAUGGAAAUACGUAAUGAAUGUAGAUGUGAUCAAACUACCAAUGUUCUGGGUUGUUGCAACAGCAAGUGGAUUGCUUGGACUUGCAAUUAGCUUCACCUCUAUGUGGUUUCUACAUCAAACUGGCCCUACAACUUACAGUUUGGUGGGUUCAUUAAACAAGAUUCCUAUUUCUAUUGCUGGCCUAGUAUUGUUCAAUGUUCCACUCAGCCUGGCAAAUUUGUUCAGCAUACUAUUCGGUCUAUUUGCAGGAAUUUUCUUUGCAAGAGCCAAAAUGUUCUGAUCCUUGAAUCAAACUCUACAUAAAUUUUGAAGAAAGGGAACGACCCUACCAUAGGUGUUCAUAUAUAGUUUCUGCAUUCUGCUGACUGGGAAACUAAAAAACCAGUUUCAUCUUCUCUGCGCAUUUCGAGGCCCGGAAGAAGCAGAAGCCUUGGAGGAAGAUGGAAAGGUGAUACCUAUUAUACAAAAGUAUGGAACCUAAGAUUUCUGAGGUACUUGGAAAGCAAUCUGCUCUAAAAUCACAGGCUUUAGUAAAAGCUUGAAUGUUCCAGUUUUGGAUCAGUAAAGGAGUUCAUUUUUUUUAA